UGAGUGUACAACACAUUUUAUCGAUCAAUCCGAUUAAUAUGAAGACUUUCAUUGUGCUUGCUCUGUUGUUUGCCGUCGCGGCGGCUUCGCCACAAUUUGGAUUCGGUGGUCCUGGAUAUGGUGGCGGUGGCUUUGGUGGACGUCCUGGAUUCGGCGGUGGCGGCUUCGGUGGCCACCCAUAUGGUGGCGGUGGCUUUGGUGGACGUCCUGGAUUCGGCGGUGGCGGCUUCGGUGGCAACCCAUAUGGUGGCGGUGGCUUUAAUGGACAUCCUGGAUUCGGCGGUGGCGGCUUCGGUGGCGGCCCAUACCGCGGCGGCGGUGGCGGAUUCGGUGGCGGUGGUUCUGCCUCUGCUUCAGCUUCUUCCAGUGCAUCAGCCGCUGGUGGUGGUCGUGGUGGUGGUGCCGCAUCCGCUUCAUCGUCUGCAUCAGCUUCUGCUGGCGGCGGCGGCGGCUUCCGUGGCUAAACUACCUGAAUCGGCGCCUGGUGCACCGAUGCGAGAUUACAAACAAUUAAGUUUAAUUAUUAAAAAAGUCUGAAAA